AUGAACGUAUUAUUUUGUGUAUUUUGGUGUUCCCUUUGGUUGAGUACUUCAGCGUAUAAUAUACAAAAUUUAACAUUUUUGUCACACAAAAGUCAAUAUAACACAGUAAAAAAUAAAUGGUUUGAACAGGAACUUGAUCAUUUUAACAUUACUGAUACUAGGACGUGGAAACAGAGGUAUCAUAUGAAUUUGAAAUAUUAUAAAAUGGGUGGUCCAGUAUUUUUGAUGGUGGGAGGAAGAGAAGAAAUUUCACCAAGUUGGAUGAUUUCCGGAGCAUGGAUUGAAUACGCUCAAUUGUUUAAUGCUGCAUGUUUUCAAUUGGAACAUCGCUUCUAUGGAAUGAGCCAUCCAACUGAUAAUUUAAAUACUUCAAAUUUAGUAUACCUGACAGUUGAACAAGUAUUAGCUGACCUGGGAACAUUUAUAAAUACCAUUUCGAUUAAAAAAAAAAAACUGCUGGAUGAUGCUAAAUGGGUAGGAUUUGGUUCAUCAUAUUCAGCAAGUUUAGUUACCUGGUUAAGAUUAAAAUAUCCUCAUCUGGUACACGCCGCAGUUUCAUCAAGUAGCCUUCUAAAGGCGAAAAUAAAUUUUAAAGAAUAUUUUGUAGCUGUUCAAAAACAAUUAUCAGAUUAUGAUCCAAAAUGUGAAUUCCAUAUUAGACAAGCAAAUAAAAUGAUUAGCGAUCAAAUAAAGACCGAUUAUGGAGCAAAAUACAUACAAAAUAAAUUCAAUACAUGCGCUCAUCAUUUAAACAAUUCUACAAAAAAUGUACAACAAUUGUUUAGAGACAUGUCUAAAUUCAUUGGACUAAUUGCGCAAGACAACGAAGAUGACAGAUAUUAUGAUAAAAUUAUUGAAGAAUCGACAGUAACAAUAGUAACACUAUGUGAUAUGAUGUCAAAUGAAACGUUGGGAACUACAAUUGACAGAUAUGCAGCUGUAAUCAAAAAAUUCUUAUCUAUUUGUGGUACACAAUGUUUAUCAAAUACAUAUGAAUGGCGAGUUAGAUAUUUUGCAGAGUCAUUUUGGAAUAACACAGCAGUAAAAUACGGGAAUCGUCAAUGGUUAUACCAAACCUGUACAGAGCUUGGUUUUUUUCAAACAUCCAAUCAGGAUCAUCACUUGUUUGGUAAUACUGUAUCAUUAGAAUACUUUACUGAUUUAUGCACCGAUGUUUUUGGAAAAUCAUUCAAUUUGAAUACAUUAAUUAAGGCAGUAAAUAAAACCAAUAUUAUGUACGGUGGUUCCAAACCAAGAGUUAGUAGAAUUGUUUUUGUAAGAGGGUCUAUGGAUCCAUGGAAUCCAUUAGGCUUGUCAUUUUUGCCAAUAAAUUCGUCUAUAGUUCUCAUUGAAGGAACAUCUCAUUGUGCAGACAUAGAUCCAUCAUAUUCAUCGGACCCAUCACAGCUGUCGGAAGCCCGUGUAGACAUUUUAAUGUAUUUAAAAAAAUAUUUGAGUGAAGAGGAUUUUUCAAUUGAACCAAUAUUGUUAUAAGUGGAGAAAAUUUAAAUUUAAAAAAAUAGGACUUAAAAUGAUGACCACCCAUUAAGUCCUUCAUUCCCAAAACAAACUAAUUUUUAAUCUGCAAAAAAUAAUAUGUCUAGACCAUUUUUAUUUAGGCAUGCAAUGGUCCUUUACUCAACAAUAACUAAAAUAAACCAUACAAUUAAUUACAUAUUUUCUUAAAGACAUUAAAUCACUUAUCUUAUCUCAUCUUAUGAUAUCUUUUCGCUUCUAUAAGUAUCUUUAACCGCUAUAUGAUGAACAUUUUACAAAAGCCCAAAGUAGAUAUUAGGCUUAUCAAGAAGCCACUGCAUAUUCUCAGCACUAAACCUAUCACUUUGGAUAAUAUUUGGUCUUUAUUAUUGAAUACCAGCAAUAAGGUAAAUACGUAUACUCCAAAGUUAAAGACAACAAUAAAGCCAUUUGUUCUACCGACGAUAUCAAUUCCUUACAAUAUGAUUUAGAUCAAUUUUAUAUAUGGUGCUCAUUAAAUAGUAUGUCUUUGAAUACCUCUAAUAUCUCUGUGUUCACAUUUUAUUCAAACGUUCCGAAUUCCAUAAAAAUUUUCAUUAUUAUAUAAAUUAUGUCUCGCUCUAAUCUGUUAAUCAAGUACAGGGUCUGGCCGGUCUGGAUAUUAUUCAGUCAAGACGAUUUUUAUCCUUUAAAUUUUAAUGCACAAUAAAUAAAAUAUAUGAGAAAAGUCUUCGUGUCCCUAAUACCCUACCUAAAAAAAAUCCGUCACUCGUCUUCAUAA